CUCGGUUCCUGUGGGCUGGCGGCGUUUCCAGUCCGGUCUCCCGGCAUUUCCGAGCUGCCGCGCCGCUGGCCAGCUGGGACUGAAGGAUGGAUCCGGCGGGCGGCGGCGGCCACUGCGGGUCCCUCGCGGACCCACGGGGCACCUUCGUGUUGAGUAACCUCGCGGAGGUGGUGGAGCGCAUCCUGGCGUUCCUACCCGCCAAGGCGUUGCUGCGGGUGGCCGGCGUGUGCCGCCUGUGGAGGGAAUGUGCGCGCCGAGCGCUGCGCACCCAGCGCGGCGUGGCCUGGAUCUCCGCGGGCGCGGCCGACGCGGGCCGCCGGGAGGAGCACGGACUGCUCCGCGCGUUGGCGGCGGAGCUGGAGAAUGUUCACAUCUUACCACAGACGGUUCUUUAUAUGGCUGAUUCAGAAACAUUCAUUAGUCUGGAAGAGUGUCGUGGCCACAAGAGAGCAAGGAAAAGAACUACUAUGGAAACAGCAUUUGCCCUUGAGAAACUAUUCCCAAAACAAUGUCAGGUCCUUGGGAUCGUGACCCCAGGAAUUGUAGUGACUCCAAUGGGCUCAGGUAGCAAUCGACCUCAGGAAAUAGAAAUUGGAGAAUCGGGCUUUGCUCUAUUAUUCCCUCAAAUUGAAGGAAUAAAAAUACAACCCUUUCAUUUUAUUAAGGAUCCAAAGAAUUUAACGUUAGAAAGGCAUCGACUCACUGAAGUAGGUCUUUUAGAUAACCCUGAACUUCGAGUGGUCCUUGUUUUUGGCUAUAAUUGCUGUAGGGUAGGAGCCAGCAAUUACAUGCAGCGAGUAGUCAGCACAUUCAGUAACAUGAAUAUCAUCUUGGCUGGGGGCCAGGUGGACAACUUGGUGUCGCUGACUUCUGAAAAGAACCCUCUGGAUAUUGAUGCCACUGGUGUGGUUGGACUGUCAUUUAGUGGGCACCGAAUCCAGAGUGCCACUGUGCUUCUCAAUGAGGACGUCAAUGAUGAGAAGACUGCCGAGGCCGCCAUACAGCGUCUGAAAUCAGCCAACAUUCCAGAACAGAACACCAUCGGCUUCAUGUUCGCAUGUGUUGGUAGGGGCUUUCAGUAUUUCAGAGCCAAAAGGAAUGUGGAGGCUGAUGCGUUUAGGAAGUUUUUUCCUAGUGUUCCUUUAUUUGGCUUCUUUGGAAAUGGAGAAAUUGGAUGUGAUCGAAUAGUCACUGGGAACUUUACACUGAAGAAGGGUAAUGAGGUGAAGGAUGAUGAUCUGUUUCAUAGCUAUACCACAAUAAUGGCACUCAUUCAUCUUGGGUCACCUAAAUAAAGCCACCUGUAAAGGGGAUUUCGUAUAUGUAAUUUUGGAGGCUCUGCCUUUUCUAGGAAAUGGAAACUUGGGAUAUAUGUAUUUCAGACAACAGUACCUUUUUAUGUAUGUUUUGUAGCUUUGACUCUCUAAAGAUUUAUGUUGAAAUUGUUUUUUAAUAUAUUAGAUGAAGGACAAUUUUGUACAUAAGGUAAUACAGACCCAGAGUUGAGAACUUUUUGUAUCAGAUACAAACAUCCUGAUUAUGUCUAUUGUACCAUAAGUAGCUGCUAUGUUACAAGACUUUCAGUAGUCCUCUCCACGGAGACUGGAGGAGGGUUCAUCUGUAGGGUGGAGACUGAAGACAUUCAUUCCAUGACUACCUCUGAAUUGUUAGAUGAUCUUAUAGCAGAAUCAUGUAGAUGUUUUUCUCCCUUAGUAAAGGAGAAAAAUAUGCAAUGGCAUCAUUCUCUACAAUUUUUUAGAAACUAACAUGUAUUGACUUUUUACUAAUUUGGUAAAAAUUAAAGGACUAUUUUUGUUUUAGUACUCUAAAGUUGCUUAGUCAAAUAAAUUGCCUAAUCGGUAUUUUAGUACUUUACAAGGAAAGAAAAUUUCUUUUUCCCUCAAUAAAGAAAUUGUUAAAAGGAAAUUUUUUUCUCCACCUAGUUCUAUAUGGUGAAUUGGCAGACCAGACAACUAUGUCACCUUAUUUUGGUUUGGCUAUUAAUAAAAUAUACGUCAGAAACUCAAUUCAGAUAAUGUUUUGUAUUUCAUUGCUUUUGGUGAGUGAAUAAAGAAAAUAAAGCAAUUAUUCAGAAACCAGGCUAGUAGGUAUCAAUUACUACAUUCUGGCUAUUCUCAGUAAAAUGAUUUUUAUGUUUGGGUUUCAAUUAUACAGAAUUUAAAUGAGAUUAGUGCAGAGUACUAACAUCUUGGCUUUUCAUAUAAUGAGAGAACUUUAGAUAUUUAUCCAGGAAUAUGCUUUCUAAAACAAACAUUGCAUUCUCAGUCUCCCUUGCAAAUCACUUUUGCCAGUGAAAUGUAAAGGGAAAUAUGUAGUGAUCAAACGCUGUGAUUGGUUUUUGCUCUUUCUUGAAAACUUACUAUAAAUAGGCUAUGAAGCCCACUUGAACUCUACGUUAGAGACAACACUAUCGUGGAAGGAGAACGAGAGGAGGCUGAGUCUCUCUACUCUUGGUGAUGUGCUGCCCUAACUAGCCUAAACAGCUUUACCUCCACAGGAGCUUACUAGACAGAACAGAAAUGUGGAUUUCUGUCUUGCCUAAGCCAUGUCCCCCUCCACCCUCACCCCUUCUUACAGUUCAGAUAACCAUA